CCCGUUGCCAGGGCGGAGCGUGGCGUUGCUAGGGGGCGCGUCCUCGCGCAGUGCCGCUCUCGCGAGAUCUCGCCGUCCUCUCGCGGGACCUGCCGUCCGUUGCUCGGAGACGCCGGUGCCGCCGUCCGCCGCCAUGGCACCCAAGAAGAAAGCGGGGAAAGGGGGCAAAGGCCCGGCGGUGGUGGACGCCCUGGCCCCGGAGGACAUGAGCAGGGAGCAGCUGCUGCAGCACGUGGUGCAUCUGCGGGAGGAGCUGGACCGCGAGCGGCAGGAGCGCAGCUCCUUCCAGCUGGAGUGUCACAGGAUCCAGAGCUACUGGGAGAUCACGCGCGGGGAGCUGGAGGAGAGCAAGGCAGAGCUGCGCGGGCGCGACCGCCAGAUGGAGGAGGCCGAGGAGAGGCACCAGCUGGAGAUCAAGGUGUACAAGCAGAAGGUGAAGCACCUGCUGCACGAGCAGCAGGAGAGCCUGACGGAGCUGAAGGCAGAGGGACUCCUGUCCCUGAAGCGGGCCCAGAAGGAUCACUGGGAGCAGGAGCAGGAGCUGUGGAAAGAGAAGCGCUCCCUGAACACGAGGCUGAACGAGCAGGAGCUGGCCAAUGAGGCAGCCAUCACCAACCUCUGCCUGAAACAUGAGGAGGAGAUGGCCCGGCUACGCAGUGACUUCGAGCUGCAGACCAAAGAGAUGGAGGCCAAGUACACCAGGAAGAUGCAGGCCCUGCGGGACGAGCUGGACCUGCGGAGGAAGACAGAGAUCCACGAGCUGGAGGAGAGGAAGAACACCCAGAUCAGCGAGCUGAUGGGGAACCACGAGGGGGCUUUUGGUGCCAUCAAGAACUACUACAACGAUGUCACUGCCAAAAACCUGACACUCAUCAACCUCCUGAAGGAGCAGGUGGAGGACCUGAAGAAGAAGGAGGCUGUGCUGGAAAAGGAGAAGGCAGAUGUGCUGCGUGAGAACAAGGAGCUGACACAGCCCCUGCAGGAGGCCCAGGAGCUGGUGGCUGAGCUGCAGAGGAAGUUGGUUCACUAUUACAAGGACAAGGAGGCCCUGAUGGACUCCAAAGCCCGUCUGAAAAUCACCCAGAAGGAACUGAAGGACCUUCAGUGGGAACACGAGGUGCUGGAGCAGCGGUUCAGCAAGGUGCAGGAGGAGCGAGACGACCUCUACCAGAAUUUCACCAGAGCCAUUAACGAGGUGCAGCAAAAAACGGGGUUCAAGAACCUGCUCCUGGAGCGCAAGCUGCACGGGCUGCUCAGCCUCCUGGAGCAGAAGGAGGUGCAGCUCAGCGAGGUCGCUGCAACCGCCAACCUCGACCCCAGCGCGCUCUCCUUGGUCUCGCACAAGCUGGAGGACUUGCUCAGUUCCAAGAAUGCCACCAUCCAGGACCUGCAGCUGCAGCUGGCCAGAGUCUGCAAGGCACACAACGACAUGCUGCAGACCUUCGAGGCAAAGCUGACAGCCUUUGGCAUUCCCCUGGACAACCUGGGUUUCCAGCCACUGUCCUUCCCCUUCCCAGGGCAGGAACUGGGGCAGGGCCCUGCUGGACUCGUUUCAGUGCCCACCUGAUGCUAGCAGCACUGAGGGUCCCAGUGGCACACUGGUAGUGGGGCUGUGCCCUUUAGUGUCUUCAGGAACCUCUCCUCCCAAGGGGGACCACAGCUGGAGGCUCCAGGCAUCCCUCCCACCCUACCAGGCUGCCCUUGGGGCUACCUCUGUUUCCACAAAAGUGAAGGUGAUUUUUUGAGACAAACA